UUCCUGCUUCUAAAGUUCCACAUGAUUUACAUUUUAUACCGCCAAAAAUUAUCGUAAUGGAAUCCGAUAAUGUUGAGGAAUCCGAUGAUUUUGAGGAAAUAGAUGGGUCUAUUCAUAGCGUACAUGUUCGGAAUUUUUUCUGUCAUGAUAAUCUUGAAAUUAAUUUCAAUAGAAAUGUAAACUUUAUCGUAGGCCGCAACGGUAGCGGUAAAAGUGCGAUUUUAACAGCUUUGGUUGUUGGUUUAGGAGGCAGAGCUUCAGCUACCAACAGAGGAAACAAUCUUCACUCAUUUAUAAAAAAGGGCGCUAACUCAGCGACUGUUGAAAUAAAAAUCAGAAACAGUAGUCCUAGAGCAUACAAACAUGAUGUUUAUGGUGACUAUAUUACUAUUGUUAGAAACAUCACAGCAUCUGGUGGUUCAAGUUAUAAAGUUAAAUCUGCCUCAGGUGAAGUUAUUUCAACAAAGUUUGAAGAGGUUCAUUCAAUCAUAUUAACUCAUGAUAUUCAAGUUGAUAAUCCGAUUUCUGUUCUGAAUCAAGAUGAUGCAAGGAGUUUUCAUGCAUCCGAUGCUAAGAAAAAAUAUUCACUCUUCAGGAAAGCAACAAAUCUAGAUCAGACAGAGAGUAAUUAUACAAAUGCACUUGAAAAUUGUAAAAAAGCUAUCGCUAUCUGGAAUAGGAAAAAUGAGUCUUGUAAAGAGCUGGAAAAAGAAUAUAAGAAAUGGAAGGCCCUACAUGAUCAGAUGCAAUCACGAGAUGAAAUUGAGUCGGAGAAACAAAGACUCCAGAAUGAGUAUUAUUGGAGUGAGAUUGCAGAGUUUGAGAAAGAAGCGUCAACAUUUCAAACUCAGUCGGAAAAACAAAGAGCUAGGUGUCAGAAGCUUAUGGAGAAACUAAGGUCUAUGGAAGAUAACUAUGGGAAUGACAACUCGGCUAUAGAGUCCCUGAAGAAAACUUUAACAGAGUGCAACAAACAAAAGAGAUUGCUUGAACAAGACCUGCAAGAGGUAGAGUCAUCAUUGCGGGAGUUACAGUUGACUAAUCGUAAUAAACAGGGCAAGACAAACAAACUCGCCGAGUUGCUGGCUAGAGAGAAGAGGAAAUUGGUUGAUUUGGAGCGUGAGAUUGAAAAUAUUGAAUCCGGUAACGCAGCGUCGCAGCGAGCUGGACUGGAGAAGGUUGCCCGAGAUGCAUCAGAGGCGGCCGCGGCGGCCCGAGCGCGCUACGAGACACAGCAGAACGACAUGGAGCAGGCGCGUGCUCAUGCCGCCAUGUUGCAGCCGCAGCGGGACCGAGCUGUGACUAUUGCGUCGCAACAUCGAGACAAACUCAAACACCUGAGGCAGCAGCUGCGUGAGCUGGAGUCCCGUGGCAGUGACUCCCUGGCGGUGUACGGUAGCAAGAUGGUGGAACUGUGCCAGAAGGUGCAGGCGGCGCAUCGCAGGGGAGAGUUCAGCGCACCGCCCAAGGGACCAAUUGGUCACUAUUUAAAAGUAAAAGACAAGAAAUGGGGUGGCGCUUUGGAGCACAUAAUUGGUGGAUCAAUACAGAUGUUUUGUACUAAUACAUGGGAAGACACUCGCAAAUUAAUAUCAAUCAUGGGCAAGGUGUACGGGUCUUCGUCGAAGCCGGGCGUGACUUGCAGCAAGUUCCUGUCGAAGGUGCACGACGUGAGUCGCAACACGGUGCGGGCGCGAGGGUUCACCUCAUCGUUGGACGCGCUCGACAUCGCAGACCCCGUCGUCGCCAACUUCCUCAUCGACAACGUGGGCAUGGAGAAGAUCCUGCUCGUGCCCGAACAUAACGACGCAAUGCGGCUGGCGGAUACUGUGGAGAACGUGCCGGAGCACUGCUCCAAGAUCGUGACGGUGGAUGGCUCGGAGUAUCUGCCCGCGCCCAACUACCGCUGCUAUGGCGGCUCAGCCCGACCGCCGCGCUUCCUGCACCUUAGCACUGCCGAGAGGAAACGGCAAGUGCAAGCGGAAAUCAAAGAAGAGGAGGCCACGCUAAGAACGUGUGAGGCGAAAGCUGAAGAGCUGAACGAAGAAGCGAUGCGAGCGCGCGACAUGGAACGCGAAGCCGCUAAAGCGCUUCAGUCGCUGCUGAUAGUGCUGCACCAGCGGGAGGAGGCGGCGCGGGAGGCGGCCGCCACCCUCGAUCACGAAGACGCGCCGCAUCACAACGUGCUGAUGGAAGAACUACAGAGAAGCAAAGAGACAGUUCGCGCCAUGAGCGAGCGGAUGACGUCACACAGCGAGGAGGAGACUAGUCACCGUGCGCUCGUCGCCGAGCACCAAGAGAAGAUCAGCAAGCUGCAGAGUGAUGUUGACAGACUUGCGCAGACGUGUCGGAACUAUAGCGAAGAGAUAGAACAGGAGCAACUGAAAUUGGAGCGAGGCGUGACUGAGCGGCAGACGUGCGAGCAACGGUUAAGAGAAGAACAGAGGAAGUUGGAGCAGUUGGAGGGGAUACUGCAGGAGAAGCAAGAGCUCAUUGACAGGAAGGUGCAGGAAGCGCUCACGUUAUGUCCUCGAGUUGAAAACGCCAGAGACAAAACAACUGUAACACACCUGUUGAAGAAGACUCAAAUGAAACUAUCGUCGCUGUCGACGACGAGCCUCAGUCGCGGCGAGGUGACGGAGCGACUGUUGAAGAUAGAACGAAGCUACCGACGGACAGAGCACGCCCUGCGGCGUCUGGACGCGCUCAUACGUGACAUAAAAAUAACGGCGGACAAGCACCUCAAGUUCUGCCAUCAGGUGCAGACGUACAUCGCUCGUCGGGUUCAGUACUGCUUUCAGUCCAUACUCACACUCAGGGGAUACUCGGGUCGCAUGGAGAUCGAGUGCAGCCGCGGCACGUUGGACAUCGUGUGCACUGGCCGCGAGAGCAGCGCCGCUCGACACGCCGCCUCCACGUCAUCGCUGUCGGGGGGAGAGCGCUCCUACUCCACCGUGGCCUUCAUGAUGGCGCUCUGGGACUGUGUCGAGCUGCCGUUCUACUUCAUGGACGAGUUCGACGUUUUUAUGGACAAUAUAAACCGGAAGAUAGUGAUGGAGCUACUCAUCAACCACGCGCUGACUAACAAGAGCCGCCAGUUCGUGUUCCUCACGCCGCAGGACGCGUCCGCCGUCACCGCGAACGAACACAUUAGUAUACAUGUAAUGGCGGACCCGAGACCAUAGUACAAAAAACAUUGGAAGAAUUCAAUCAGGGUUAUAUUAUAAAUUACUAUUUUUAUUACUAAGGUAUUAAAUUAAUAUAAAUAAAAA